AUGUCGCGGUCGGCGCUGACUCGACACGCGCUGCAAAAGUCUCUGCGGGGACAGAGCGAGCUGGAUCAGUUGCCGGAAGAGACACCGCGUCGUGUCAAGCAGGACGAGCUGCCCAUCAACGGUAACGACACGACGUACAACCUCAACACGCUGUUGCAUCAGAAUAUCCUCCAAUCGGCGUAUUUCCAUGACCUUUACAAGCUGAAAACGUACCAUGAAGUCGUCGACGAGAUCUACUACCGCGUGGACCAUGCCGAGCCCUGGUCGCCCGGCACAGCUCGCAUCCCGUCCAGCUGUUUCUGUCUCCUGCACAAGUUCUUCCUCAUGCGACUUACGGUCAAGCAAAUGCAGGGUCUGCUGCGACAUACGGAUUCUCCAUACAUUCGCGUGAUUGGGUUCCUGUACCUGCGCUUCACGUGCGAUCCGGAAGAGCUCUGGACGUGGUAUGAGCCGUACUUGGAAGACGUGGAGGAAUUCAAUGCAUCGGCCAAUCCGAGCUUGAAAACAACUAUAGGCGAGUGGCUUGUGAGUCUGCUGGAAGAAAACAACUACUACGGCACGAUUCUACCGCGCAUCCCCAAGAGAAUCGAGGACGGGAUCAAAGUCAAGCUGUUGUUGCUGUCACGUAAGAAAGAGCGAGCGAAGGAGAACCUGGCGAUCAUCAACCGACUUACACCUGGCACGAAAGUUCGCGCGAUGUACGCCGACGAAGAGAACGAACCUGCAAUGUACGACGCGGUCAUUGACUCGGUGGAAGAAGGCAAUCAAUACUGGGUAUCGUUUCCAGCAUAUGGAAAUACGGAAAAAGUCGAUCUUGGUGACAUUGAGUUCGACCAGGGGACACAGCGCCGUGCACGCUCACACUCUCGUUCCAGAUCUGCCGAACGUUCUCGCUCGCGAGGGCGUGACAGAAGCCGUGGUCGGGAUCGUGGUCAAGGCCGAAGUCGAGAUCGUGGCAACCGACGAGGCACCGAUCGACGCCGCGGCAGUCGUCGAUCCCGCAGUAGGUCGCGAUCCGCUUCGAGGGAUCACCGCCGCCGCCAUCGCAGUCGAAGCCACAGUCACAGCCGCAUGAGCCACAAGACAGGCGGUCGUGAUAUAACGGGAGAUUUGCUACAGCAAGUUCGCGAGCGAGAGCGGCGCAAGGCGGAAGCUGUUGGACGCGACUACGCAUCUCGACCAGCGAGUUACAAGGGCUCACUGUCGCUAAAGCUGGAUCGAUGGACGACGCGGAAGCGGUCGCGCAGUCCCGCUAAACGCGCGGAAGUAGUUGUGGUUCAGCCAGGGAUGUCCAAAGGCGAUCCGCUCAGCAAGUCGCCGCCGUCUGCUGAAAAGACUCACGAGACGGAAGAGCGUCUGAAGAAGCUGCGUGCAAUGUACGGCGAUGCGUCCUCGAAGACGAAAGAAGAGUAG